AUGUUCAACAAGAGGGUAAGGUAAUAUUAACAAGACCAUAUAUCAUAUUUACGAAGGUAUAAUUAUUUUUAUAACAAGUGAUUAAAUUUUUAAGAUUUAAUGUUUUAUGUUAUCCUACUUUCCUAAUUUAUGUAUUUACGAAGCUGUUUUUGGUGUAGAGGUUUCUAUCACUAUCUUUUGUAGGUCUAUGAAAAUGGUUUAUCUUCAUAGAUCUACUUUUUAUAUCCACACAUGUUCGGAGCCUAAAUACACAGGGUCGGUGUGUCUCUCCGAACAGUAGCCUUCUUAUUAUAUUAAUAUUAUCUAACUAGUAUAUUAAUAUAACUAUUCAUUUAUCUUUAUUCUUCAUUAAUCAUUAUUCAUAUUUAAUAUUUAUUUGUGUAUGUGUUUUGGGAAACUUAUACCCAUUUUAGAAUUCUAAUCCUAAAAUAGUGUGUGGAUUAAGGCUUUGACCCUACGGCACAAUCAUAGCUCGCCAUUUCAUUUCAUUCAAUAUAUUUCUUCUAUAGAUAGUGAUUAUUUUAUACUCAUUCAAUUGUUGUGAUCGAUCUUUUAUUAUGUAAUAUUGUUUCCUAUUAAAUUGUACUGUAUUGUCCUAAUUAGGUACCGUGUUGUUACUUAUUUUAUGUGUUUUUAUUCCUUGUAUUGUAUUCGUUGCUGUAUGUUGUAUAUGUGUGUGUGUGUGGUACCGUAUCCCAGUACUCUUAGCUUUAUGUUUUCUCGAGAAUCAUUGAACUUGGUCAUCGCAGGUUGUCUCCCGGUUGAACCUUUCAUAUGAUAUAGAUAGACAUUUCUCCCAGAUCUUGACUUCUUGCGUCGACUUUUUUUUGAAUUCACUUCUUUCAUUUCGUACUUUUAAAAAACAAAAAAUAAUUAAAAACCAAAAUAAUAGGAAAAAAGUUGGUGUUCAGCAGGUAACUUGCAUUUAUUUAUUCAAGAGAACUAAUUAGCGCUCUUCGGUAAUAAAAUUUUGUUAAAUUUCAAACUUUGAAUAGCAAAAAAAUGCAAAAAUCAUUCAAAAUUGCGGUGACUUAGCCUAUCUUCAAAAUUAAUGGACAUUAUUAAUGUUUGUAGUCCUAGCAAAAUUCAAAAAUAAACAAUUCCCACCAAAAAAUAAACAAUAAAUCAAAAAAUAAAUAUGUCACCAUGGUGAAGAAACAUGUAAGCGCACAAAAAGGUCCGAGAAAAAGAAUACACUCUCUGCGCACUCUCUUAUUUUCCCUCAAUCUCUCGCUCUUGUUUUCCGGCAUAAAGCAGAUGGAGGGACUUGUUGAGUUGGACUUAAUUGGAGGAAAAAUCGGGAGAAGUAGAGUAGGAAAACAGGAAUCGGUUAUGAAAUUUAUGAGCAGCUGUGUGAAAUUAUUGAUUUUUUGUUUGUAAAUGUUAUAUUUUGCCACGUGGAUUCAGAUUAGGUGUCAGAAAAAUCCCAAAGCUUUUGGCAAAAUUCCAACAAUCCAAAGCUUGUCUGAACAAUUUUAGCACAAAUAUUUCGAGACUGAAAAAAUAGUACGAAAAUUUGGUACUACAACUUCUAGAAAAAUAUCAGGAGAUCUGAAAAUUUAUAUUUUUAAUUUUAAGUAAAACUUUGGAUCAGUUUUCACGAAAAAACUAGACAAAAUUGAUCUGAGUGCUUUUUAAACUGCAAGCUUCAGCCCAAAUUUUGUAAAAAUUUUGAGUCCCCCUUCCCCCAAAACCCCUCUAAUCCACUGAUUUUCCAGCUCUGGCUCUACACCACUGAUUUUCGCCUUCGAACCGACGAACAUCUUUGUCUCUCAAAUGUCCAACUUCAAUAUCAAUCAAGAACUUGGCAAAUUCAGCUGAAAGAAUGUGCUGGGAAUCCGAAUGAAUAUUGGGAUUAUGAAUCGGGAAAAUUGCGAAAUCGAGAAAGUGGACUUUGUCUAACUCUACCAACGAUUUUCGAUAAUUCGAAAGAUGAAUUGAAUCCACCGAUUGUUGAGAAAUGCGCUAGAUUUGGCGACGAAUUCGAGAAACAACAAUGGAUUUUUAGAGAUGUCAAAUGGUUGAAACUCUAG